GUGUGUGUGGGUGUUUGUAUAUAUAGAUAGACACACAAACACAUAUGUUGAGAGAAAGGUAGUUUCUUUUCUUUUGGGUUCCUUUCUUAUGUGGCAUAGUUUGCAUCUCAUGCAGCAGCGUCUUGAAAUUCUCUGUAACGGUUAUUUUUAUGAACGGGAGGGGAGAAAGGACACUCAUCAGUGACUACUGUUUUUUGGUUGAAAUUGCGACUUCUGCAAUGGAUUACAGCGAUUACAAGGAGCCGUGGGAUUGGCAUAGGGAGGACUACUGUCUCCAGAAGAGUUUCAAUUACGAAAUUUCGCAAGAACUGUGGAAUGAGGUUCCUCAAAAUGAAGAUCUGUCUUGUGUGUUCAAUGAUGAAACAACACCGGUGAAGGCAUGUGGGGAUUUUUCAUACAAUGUCAAUAAUAGUGAGUCAAAUGAUCUGAAAAAUGAACCAGACAAAUGUUUGAAGACUUCUUAUCAAUUUAAGAGACGGAGGAUGCUACAAUUCAAUACUCAAAAUGGGUGUCAUUACCCCUCCAACGAACAAAUGUCUUCAGCAUAUUUGAAAGUAAAGGGGAAGGAGGACCCAAAUGAAGAAAUUUUCUCAGAAUUUUCGCAAUGGGUAUCUGGGGCAUCAGGAAGUGCAUCCGCUUCCAGUUAUGAGGACUUUGAAUCAGCUGAAGGGUGGCUAGCAGAUUGCUUUGCGGAUGCUGAAAUGCAAUUAUGUCCUGAUGAUUUGAAUUUUUCUGGGGCUGAUGAUGUUCACAUUGAUGUUGCAGAUCUGUGCAACUUCCAACCUGUGUGCGAACAAAAUACGGUUCAGCAUCGUGCCACUAAAAUCCCCAAAAGUAUUGUCUUCAAAGGUACAGGGGAAAAAUCAUUUGUAGAAAAACCCACAAAGCUAUCUGCUUCUGUGGCCUAUCCAUUUGCCUUCAUUAAACCCAGUGGUGCUGAUGGAGAUGUCACUCUGAAGGAAAUAAAUCAGCGUCUUCUGUCUGCACCUCCUCUCAAAUCCAAACUAGGUGUGGAAGAUCCAUCAACUUACCCAAAAUCAGCCUUUUCUGGGAAGCCUGUUGUUGGAAAAACAAAAAUUCACACUGAAGGGGGAAAAGGUAGCAUCACAAUUAUGAGAACCAAAGGCUAAGACUUUAAGUGUUUAGUACUAACUUUUGUGUUGGGUUUGGCUUCAUUUUGUGCAUGUAAAAUACCUUGGUAAUUUAAUAGUUGGUAUUGCAAUUUUUUGUUCUUA